AAACCUGUCAGAGAAGAAAAGAUGAAGACUGAAGAGAGGAAACGACACCUGCUGAAAACUGACAUCACAGUCCAGGUGGGAGGAGGCGGAGCCAGACACACUGUCAGAGGAGUCCUGAACAGGUUGUCUCGACGCUCCCGCCUCAGCCGCUGGAGGAGGGUUAAAGGUCACCUGGUGGAGGGGGGGUGGAGCCUUGUGGCGUUUGUCUCCGGGCUGGCGUUGGCGUCUCUGUACGGACUCACCGCUCUGUUCGUGCAGAAACAGCCGCUGUGGUUCUGCGUUUACGCCACGUUGGCCAUCGCUGUCCCCGCGGCGUUCGGUAUGGGGCUGUCGGCCGGAGUCCGGGCCGACGUCGCCGUGAUGCUGCCGUCACUGUGCUCAGCUCACGGCAGGAACUUCCUCCUCUUCCUGUUUGUCUCCGUGUUGUUGUCCGGUCCGCUCACCAACACGCUGGAGAACACGGAGCGAGCUGCUGCCAGUCUGCUGUGUGGGGCCGAGCUGGCGGCCAAUCAGACGCAAGAACUGAUGCAGAGAGCGGCCACGCCCCUCUUCUCUGCGUUGGACAGAAUCAGGGAGAUCAGCAGUAACGCUUAUUCAGUCGCAGGAAGAGUCAACAACUUCAUCCUCGCUCUGACCGACAGCGUCAGACAUGUUGCUCGCACCCUAAGGAACGUCCUCCACUUCCUGGCGGACAUCGGGGACGUGUGUAACGCCAAACUGGGCUCUCCGUACAGGAAGUGCCGGGCAGUGUUCGCCGAGGCUCAGGCCGACUGCGGCGACCUGCUCAGAGACUUCAACUUCCUGUGUGACAUCGUCGACGGCUUCCUGCCACUCUGCAACCUCGCCCGCGCCGGUGAGCUCUUCUGCAUCAUCCCGUCCUACGUCGCCGAGCACCUGAAGAAACGUCUCGCAGCUCCCACCGUCGCAGCGUUUGAGCGAAUGAAGCGCGAGUUUGAAUUCAACAUCUCAGCCUCUGUGACCUUUGACCUGGACGCCAACAGCAGCCGCUCCCUGCAGCAGGUGUCUCAGGACAUCAUGGAGGAGGUGUCGUCGGACCUGCAGGUGUUUCAGAGGAUGAGCGGACCGUUAAAGUACGGCGGCCUCGUCCUGCUCGCCUGCUCCUUCCUGAGGGCGGCACAGUACAGACGCAGGUAUCUCCGUGAGCUCGACUUUGACAACAUCUACAUCAGCUCGCAGUUUGAAGAGCUCGACCAACAGGUGACCACAGGGGGCGGAGCCUCAGUCCUGCCAAUCACACGCAGAGAAGCCAAGACCUACAUCACACCACUGUCGCUGUACCUGUCGAGUAGAGAGCGGCGGACGGUGUUGAUGGGCGUGGUCUCGGUCCUCAGACACCUGGUCAUGGGGGGUCUGCUAAUGGCGCUGGACUACCUGGUGUUCUGGAUGCUGGAUCAGGUGCACCACCAGGUGAAGGGCGACGUGGUGGCCCAAGCCCCGGUGACAGUGGCGGUCCAGGUGAACGGGUCGGGUUUCGCCUCAGACAUCUUCAGAGACCUGGUGGCUUCGUUUAACGUCCUGCAGAGAGGAAACAUCACGGUGAUCAGCAGGAAGUGUCUGAUCGAGCCGUCAGAGCCAAACUACAGCACAUGUUUCCUCCUGGGGUUCCUGCUGGGUCUGGCUCUGCUGGUCUCUGUGACCGGAGGAUUCGUCCAACGCUGCCGACGACUCGUCUGCGCCUCGUAUCAUCCAGAGAGAGAGCAGGAGAGGAUCCGGUUCCUCCGUCAGCAGAUCCUGGAUCGGAGGAGGAUGGAGGGGGAAGCCCUGAGGAGGUCUGCAGUGAGGAGGCGAGCUGACGGAGGAGGAGGAGGAAGGAGGAGUCGCCUUCAAACACCUCCUGCUGAGGUAGAAACAUGGUUACCUGGAGGACUUCACCUGUCUCACCUGCUGGGUCUGACAUCAUCAGUCACCUGUGCGGCCUGUGGAGAGGCGGUGAGGUCAGAGGAGGACGUGGUCACCUGUGCUGUCCCACAGUGUACAGGCCUGUACUGUCGGCCAUGUUUCCACAGUUUGGGAAACACGUGUGUCGUCUGCACGCGACCUCUGACCUUCCAGGAAGACGGCGAGGAGGAGCUAGAGUCCAGCGAUGACGAGCAGCUGAGUUUGUUCUCUGCGGCUCUGAACUCGACUCAGGUCAGAGACCCGCGGGUCAGGAGCCUGAUGAAGAGGAGGAUCUCCACAGAGACCCACCGAAGAUCCUCGGAGCGCUCCAACACUCGAGGAGAGAGGGUUUCCUCUGAGCUCAGUGAAGCAGACAUGACGUACCAGGACCGACCCGGGUCAGACGACUCCAACAGCGACGUCUCCUUCCACUCCACCUACUCAUCAAACACCAGUGGACGCCAGGAGGACGAGGGUCUCAUUGCAGUCCUGGUUCACAGACCAGACUGUCCCUAAACCCUCCAGGACCCUCCAGGACCCUCCAGGACCCCCCAGGACCCCCCAGGACCCAGGAUCCUGAAGCAGAGCUGUUUCAGUCUGUGAUUAAAGAGCUAUGAGUCAAUGGAAA